AUGGAUGAAUUAGGUUUUUAUUCAACUUAUGAUAAUAUUUGUGAAUAUUUAUUAAAAAAUAAUAGCUUCGAAAUAUCAUUAGAUGAAUACCAUGAAAUAUUAAAAAAUAGAGAAAAAAAUAACUAUAAGGGACACACUUUUUUUGAUUUGAAUAUUUUGACAUUAUACGAUGAAGUAAUAGAUGUAUUUAAAUAUAACAAUUUUUUUAUAAAAAAUUGCAAUUUUUCUUUUUUAAAAGUUACAAGAAAUAUGUAUCAGGGUUGCGUGCAUGUGUUUUUUUAUAAAAAGGAACAAAAGAAUGAUGUAAAAACAGAGAUGAUAAAUGAAAAUGAAAAAAAAAAUGAAAAGCAAAAUGAUACAAAAAAUUAUAAUAAAAAAAGAAAUAAAAAUAACAAAAUAAACGAUAAAAAAAAUUUAGUUGUUAAUUUGAAAGUUAAUGGGAAUGCAGUUGCAAAUAUAAAAGAUGUUUUAAAAGACACGUUUGAUUCUUUAAUUUUCUAUAUGAUUGAUAAAUAUAAUAUAAAAUUAAAAAUUAAUCAUUCUUAUAGGGUGAAAGAGACAACUAAUUAUAUUUUAAUAAAUGAUGAAAUAUACAAAUCUUUAUAUAGCGAAGAUUAUUUUAGAAUUGAUUUAAAUAAACUUCAAUUUGAUAUCAAAGAUUAUUCAUUUAUUUUUUAUAAAAAUAUUACAAAUUUUAUUGAUUAUUUCAAAUAUAUUAAAGACAUUCACUCAUCUGCAUAUAUAAUUUCCUUACUUGUUAGAAUUUUGGCUGAUAAAAAUAGAAUUCAAAAAUACAGUGCUCAAUUAUUUUUUUGUAAAAAAAAUGAUGAAUGUAAUUGCAGUUUAUACAUAAGAUUUAUAAAACAAAAUCAAGAUUCUUUUCAAAAAGUUUAUUUUAAUAGUAAAUCAGUAUGUAUAAAAAAUAUUAUAGAUUCAUUAAUAUCCUUAAUUGAAGAAACAAAAAAAAGAUUAAUGAAUAAAAAAAAUUUAAUUUAUCCAGAUGAAUUUCUUUUAUGUUCUUUUGUAAAAUCUUUUUAUACAUUUAAAUUAAUAGAUUUAGAAAAUUUUAAAACAAAUAAUCAGAUUUUUCUUUAUAAGCAAAACGAGUUAAAAAAAAAUAGUGAAUAUUUUAUACCUAUAGUUAAAAAUGAAGAUAGUGAACAAAAAAAUAUAAAUGAAAAAGAUAUAUGUUUAAAAAAUAAUUCAUUAAAAUGUGAAUUAAAUGAAACCAAAAAUAAUAAAUAUAAUAAUUUUAAAAAUAAUAGUAACAAAUGUAAUAACAAAAGUGAAGAUACUAAUCAAAUUAAUCAAGGAAAUGAAAAAAAAAUCGAAAUGAAGUUAUCAUGUUAUGAUAUAUUAAAAAAAAAACAUUCUAUAAAAAAUCACGAUUCAUCAAAAAAUUUUGAAAAUAAUAACUAUAAAAAUGAAAAUAUUAAACCAUAUAAAAGUUAUUCCAAUAGUAAAAAUAAUGAAGUUAAAAAUAAUAACAAUAACGAAAAUAAUUUAACUAAUAGCAAAAAUAGCAAUAAUAAUGUUGACAAAAAUAAUAAAAAAGAUAACAAAAAAAAAAUUAAUAACAAUGUAAGAAAAAAUAUAAAUGAGGAAGGAAAUAUUAAUUAUAAUUAUAAAAACAAUAAAAAUAAAAACAGAAAUAAUCAAUGUAAUAAUAAUAAUGAUAAUAAUAAAACUAGUAAUAACAAUUGUAAUAAUAAAUAUGACAAUAACUACAAUAAUAUUAGUAUCAAUCAUAAUAAAACCAAUAAUAAUGAUAAUAAUAAUGAUAAUAAUAAUGAUAAUAAUAAUGAUAAUAAUAAUGAUAAUAAUAAUGAUAAUAGUAAUAAUAAUAAUGAUAAUAGUAAUAAUCAUGAUAAUAAUAUAGACAUACUUAAUAAUAGAAAUCAAGAUAAAAAAUAUUAUGAAGUAAAAAAUACAUAUAAAGGAAAACAUAGUAGUUUAAAUAAUAUUGGAAAUUCCUUUAAUUUGAAUUCAACUAAUGAAACAAAUAAUAUUAUAAACAUUAAUAAGAAUGAAUUUUGUGAAAAUGUAAAAAAUAUAAAUGAAAAAAAAAUUCAUGAUGAUAUAAAUAAUGAUAAUAUAUCAAAAAUUGAUAAUAAUUUAAAAAAUUAUAUAAAUGAAAAGCAUAUAAAUAAUAUAACUUCUACUAAAUUUGUUUAUACUCAUAAUAGUAAUGAUAAUCAUACAUCAGAUCUUCAAGAAGAAAAUAGUAAUGAAACAGUAUUAAUUAAAACACAAAACAAUCUUGAAAUAAAUAAAAAUGCAGACAAAGUAAAUUCAGAUCUACUAAUAAAUAUUAAUGAAAAAGAUAAUUUGAAUAGAGAAGACGAAAAUAAUAACAAUUUAAAUUUAAAAACAAAUAAGCAUAAUGAAGAAACAUUCAAUAAAAAGGAUAAUAAAAAAGGAGAAAAUAUUUAUGAAGAAAAUAAUAAAAACACUAUCACCAAUGAAUUGACAAAAAGUGUAAAUGAUGAAAUAUUAAACAACCUUAAAAAAGAGAAAGAAUCCCAUAAAAAUUCAAGGAAUAAUAGAAAUGUUAAAGUGUGCAAAAAUUCUAUAAAUAAAGAUAUUAAAUGUAGUCAAAUAGCUUCUAAAGAUUAUUCAAAAGAAAACGUAAUAAGUAUAAAUAACAAAAGAAAUAGAAUGAAAAUUUUUAAAAAUACCAAAGAAAAUAAAGAAAAUGAAAAUAACUCUAACAUUUUUAAUGAAAAUACAAAAAAAAUGAAUAAUAUAUGUGAAAAUAAUAAUAAUAAUAAUAAUGAAAUAAAUUGUAAAGAUAAUAUAAAUCAUGAGAGUGAUAAAUAUGCAAAUCAAAUUAAUCUAUAUGAUUGUUGUUCUCAAUAUGUUGAGUUUCCUAAUCAUGGCAAUUUGAAAAAUUGUAUGUUUAAUAGAGAUUUAAAAAAAAAUGAAGAAAUAGAAAUAAAACAGAAAAUUGAAAAAAAAGAAGAAAAUGAAAAUUUUAACGAACUUAAAAAAAGUGGUGUAGAAAUUGAUGAAAUUUUAAAAGAUAGUAUAGGAAUAAAUGAAGAAAUACAUAAAAGUGAAGUAAAUCAAGAAAAAGAAGAAAGUGAUAGUAUUGAAAAUUAUUAUUUUUUUGAAAAGCAAAAUAUAAUUAACAGAAAAAAAGAAAUUGUUGAUAAUUCAUGUGUUAUAUCUAAUAUUACUAAUAAUUGUAAAAUUUUAUUAAAUUGUUUAUAUGAAGAAUUGCCUAUUAAAAAUGAAAUUUCUUCUGAUGGAGAAAAAAAAGAAAUUGACAAUUUUAGUGUAAUAAAAAAAAUUAGUGAAAAUUUUGUUUAUUUAAAUAAUCAUGAUAAAAUAAAUGUAAUGAACGUUUUAUAUAAUUAUGAAUCACUUUUAAAAAGAAUCUUACAUUAUGAAUAUAUUAAAAAGGAUUAUUCUUUUGAGAUUGAAACGUGCAAAUUUUAUUUAGAACAUAUAAUUUAUAAGAAUGAAAAUGAUUUAAAUGAAAAAGAUCUAAUGAAUAAUACUAGUGACUGUAAUAAAUGUAUGAACGAAAAUUAUUUAAAUGAGUAUGAGAAAAAUAAAAAGAGUUGCAAAUUUAUAGAAAAUAAUAAAAAAAAAAGAUUAGUUGAUAAAAUAAAUUAUUAUGAUGAAAAAAUUAAAAUUUUACAUAAAAUAAUUAGCACCUAUACUAAAAUUAAUUUAUCUCAUUUAGACAAUAUAAAAAGUUAUGUAGAACUUACGGAAUAUAUUAAAUUGUGUUCAUGUAAUAUUUACCAUAACGAAUCAGUAUCUGAAAAUGAAAAUGACAGUGAAAAUGAAAAUAUUUACUUAAAUAAUUUUAAAAUGCAAAUUAAAGGAAUAAAAUAUAAAAAAAAAUAUUAUAAUGAUAUAUUUUAUUCUAGAAAUAUAAAAAAUUAUAAAUUAGAAAAAGAUAAAAAAAAAAAUGUAUAUCCAAAGGUACUGAAAGAUUCUGAAAAUGAAAAAAAAUGUAAAAAUGUAUUAAAGAGAAAAUUUAAAAAUUACUUCAACGGAAUAAAUACUUGCGAUAAUAGAAAUAGUAAAGAAAUACUAAUAGAUAAUUCAAGAAUUUUUCAUAAUAAUAAUGUAAAAUAUAAUAAAAAUCAAAAUUUUUUAAAUCAAUGUAAUUUCGAUGAAAUACAUGAUGAUACUACAAAAAAAUUUAAAAAAAAAAAAAUUUUUCAAAGUGAUAAUAACAGUGAAAGCACACAAAGUGCUUUAUCAUCGUAA